AUGAAAUGAAUUUGAUCAUGUAUGUAUGUUUCUUUCUGGUGUCCGCUACUGAACGAGAAUUUCGGAUCGCAUGGAUGGCUCCGGAAAGGGAACAUUACGGACUCAGUGCAGGAUCUAGUGUGAGCAUCUUAAGAGCCGCGUUGUCAGCACUACAGCUGCAUCAAAGGGAAAAUGCAACGUUUUUAGCGGAUCAUAAAGUUUCGGUCCGAUGGUACGAUACAGACUGCAAUGCAAAGAGUGCCUUGGCUGCUGCCGUAGACGCAAAAUCAAAAUUUGACCCGCAUCUUUUCCUUGGACCACCAUGCUCAGCCGGUAUGAGAGGAGUUGCCUUACUUGCCUCACACUGGAAUACACCCAUUUUUGGAUGGGUGUCACAGGAAGAAGAAUUUCAGGACAAAAAAAUGUAUUCCACCCUGGUACGAUUUCUAGGACCCCUUAAUCGGUUUCCUGGUGUUAUGUUCCAUAUGACGUCCCUCUUUAAAUGGAAUCAAUUCGCUGUGAUGUAUGAUGAACGGGAUCCAUAUCGAGCCGUGGCAUCUGCAAUUUCUGAAAAAAAAUCCAUCGAAAAUGACGAAGAUGAAACAAAAAAUUGGUACAGCAUCAUACGGUCCUUCAAGGUUUCCAAUGAUAUGGAAGAGAAAGAGAUAGAAGACAUGUUUAUUCAAUUAAAACGAUAUUCAAGAAUUAUCGUAAUGGCGUUACCCUGGUUAGACAUGAGGAGAUACAUGCUUGUUGCACAUAGACUAGGGAUGACAAAUGGAGAGUAUGCUUUUCUCUGCAUUCACGGCGAUCUCUACACAUAUGAUAGAAUGGAAACUGAUGUGUUUUCUGACAGGGUUUGGAGAAGAAAUGACUCGUUUGACGAGAUAGCUAAACAGGCGUUUGAACCAGUAUUGCAUAUUAUGAUGAAACCCCUUGAGAAAAAUAACUGGACACUUUUCAAAGCUGUUGCUGAUGAGUAUGGUGAUAAAACGGAUCCUAACUGGAAUCUACCUAUCGAGCACACUUCACCUGAUGCCUAUUCUCCUUAUCUUUACGAUGCAACUUUAAUGUGGGCAAUGUUAGCUGACAAAAUCUUAAAACAGAAUAAAAAUCCAGAUGAUGGAGAAUACAUGUUUAAGAUGGCAGCAACUUUAACAGAGGAAGAGGAAAUUGAUGGACUUACCGGAAGAGUUAACUUAGAUGACAAGGGAGAUAGAAAUCUUGACUUUCAAGUUCUCGACAUGUCUGAAAAUGGUACAUUCACUAGAAUUAUCACCAUUAAUUACCUCGGGAAAGGAAUAAGAGAGGUGAAUUUCGAGGGCAAUAAGACAACAGACCAAGUCAGUCGAUGGCCAAAUGAUAAAAUUGGUGUCCACAACGCCCCUCCAGAUGAACCUGAGUGUGGGUUUGACGGGAAGAAGUGUCCAGAGGAAAAUGAACAACCAGAUAAUACGUUCAUCAUUGUGUUCUCCUCUGCUGCAUCCGGAUUUGUUAUUGUCGUUGCAAUUAUCGUACACUGUGUUCUCAAGCGUUACAGAAGAAUCAAGACAUUGAAGAGUAUGAUUUGGCAGGUGCGAUUUGAGGAAAUUGACUUUGUUACCGCUUUGCUGACUGGCAGCGUUAGGUCUAGCUUUAAAAACCUUGCAAGAAGAAAAGGAAGUGGGAACAAAAGGAAAUCUCGUCCAAGCAGAACAGAGAGUCCGUUACAGAAUGACUUAAAAGUUUCCCCUGAUCAUUCACCUGCUUUUCUUAGUAAACCGGAACAGGGUACAAUGUUCGGUUCUGUAGCUUACAUCAGAGGAAGCCUGGUGUCCGUCAAGCGAUUGACACGAAGUAAUGUAAACUUGACUAACAUGCCAAAGCAAAUAUUGCAAGAGUUGAACAGGCUAAUGGAGCUGAAGCACCAGAACUGCUGUGCAUUUGUGGGGGCAUGUAUUGACCCAGGUCGGAUCCUUCUUUUGUGGGAAUACUGUGUCAAAGGAAGUCUACAGGAUGUUAUAUGGAACCAGAAUAUCAAGCUGGACAGGAUGUUUAUGUUCGCAUUGUCUCAAGAUAUUGCAAAGGGAUUAGACUUCAUCCAUAAGAGCUCCAUACAUUACCAUGGGAAUUUGAAAAGUUCAAAUUGUGUUGUGGAUAGCAGGUGGACUUGUAAACUUGGAGAUUUUGGAGUGCCUAGUCUUCGUCAUUGUGACAAAUGUCAAAAGGAGGAAGAAAAUCCAGACAAACUUCAAUGGACAGCCCCAGAGAUACUUCGAUCAGAGAAAUCAAUUGACAAACAGAAGGCAGACAUCUUCUCCCUCGGAGUGAUCCUCAAAGAAAUCUUUACUCGAUCAGGGCCUUACACGGAGUAUUCCUUUCUCAGAAGUAAAGAGAUUAUCGAUAAAGUGAGAAGUCCAGAUUGUGGGUCGCCACCCUUUCGUCCGAAACUUUCCGUGGAAGUUCGACAGACGCAGGAUUUGUUCACAUUAAUUGAAGAGUGCUGGAAUGAAAAUAUCAUCAUCAGACCCUCUGCUGGGCGAAUUUUGAAAACCUUAGCCAGAAUAAAUCCAUCCAAGAUGACGAUGAUAGACAAUAUGAUAGCUAUACUGGAGAAGCAUGCAAACCAUUUAGAAGAGUUGGUAGCGGAGAGAACGAGCGAACUGGAUGCUGAGAAGAAAAAGACGGAAAAUCUCCUGUAUAGAAUGCUACCACAAUCUGUAGCCGACGAUUUAAAGAAAGGAAAACCGAUAGAAGCGGAACAUUUUGACGAGACUACAAUUUACUUUUCUGAUAUUGUUGGAUUUACAACAAUAUGUGCUGGUAGUACACCAAUACAGGUCGUAAAUUUGCUUAACAGCUUGUACACACUUUUUGAUGACAUCAUCACAAGAUACGAUGUCUACAAGGUGGAAACUAUUGGAGAUGCUUACAUGCUUGUAAGUGGCCUACCGAAACGUAAUGGAAAUAGACACUCCAAAGAAAUCGCAGACUGUGCCAUGGAUAUAAUGGCUUCAAUCGGUUCUUUCAGUAUCCCACAUCAACCGAAUAACAAACUGAAAAUUAGAAUAGGAAUCCACUCUGGUCCUGUUGUGGCAGGAGUUGUCGGUCUUGCUAUGCCACGUUACUGUUUGUUUGGUGAUACUGUUAACACUGCUUCCCGUAUGGAGUCAACUGGUCUACCAUUAAAGAUUCACAUGAGUGCAGUAACUUAUGAUCAACUUGAAACGUUCGGAUGUUACCACAUCAUGUAUAGGGGUGAAACAACUGUGAAAGGAAAAGGAGUCAUGAAAACUUACUUUCUAGUUGGAAAGGAUGGUUUCUCAAAAGAACUACCAUGUAUUACUGAAGAAGAAUUAACACUGAAAUUUUCUCCAUCUACCUCAAGUGAUCUGCAUUACAUGGGAGUCGGUACAACUUCACCAGUGACACCCAAAACAAGUGUUACUACUAUUAAAGAAAACGAGUUACAGAUAAGUUGUGAAAAGGAAACUUGUCCAUCGGAAGAGAGACGUCUUCCUCUUCCUCGGCGAGCCAGUAUGAUGGAGAUUUCGGCUUUAUGACGGUACGCCUCGGGCGCUGGGACUGUCUAUGGUCUUAGUGCCCGAGCCUCGACCGUCGACGGGGUCUCGUCGAAUAACAUAUCAAAUAAUCCAGAAAGGUUUCGGAAGACUGGUUUAUCUUGCGUAUCGCACAACAGCAAAGAGAAGGGAAUGAUAAACAAAAACAGCUGUAAUGGAGAAACAAAGAGGAAUAUUUCUCUUUCACAUCUUGAUGCUGGUCAGAUAUGUGAAAAUGACUCUAAUGACUUUGAUGCAAAGAAAAAACACAGCACUGGUAGCCAAACAGGGGAUUCCGGAAUAGGAAGCUUCCGAAGGACUACAAGCAAUAGUAGCUCAUUAACAGACGUAAAUACGUCAUUACAAAAACAAGCCAAGUGCAACAGACGUAAGGUUAGUGCAGGAGAUGUUAUGGAUAAUAUCCAUACAUUUCAAAAUCGGAACGGUGUAGGAAAACUUAAAAUAAGAAAACUCAGUGCUGAGAGCUUCUUUGAAGGAUAUUGUCAAAACAGAAAAGCUCCGGAGACCGAAGACAUACGAUGCAGAAAAUACAGUUUUGAAAACUUUUUCCGAGGAUUACUGGGGAACAAAAUUAAAGUUUCUAAGUCACAGUCAAACAAUCUCUUAAUAACUCAUUCGGAAAAAAGUGAAGCAAAUGAGACAAAAGAAUUCUCUGUAAGCAAUAAUUGCUCUGUGCUCGAACAAUGUCAUGAAAACCUUGCGUUUGAAAGCAAUGAAAAUGAUUUGCAUAAACAUGACGAAGCAGCAGUCCAAGAAAUACUGAAUGAACUUCAUGAAAUGGCUUCAGAUCCGAAAAAUCUUACAUCUGAUGUCUCAAGGGCAGAAAAACUGACACUUCCUUUGAAAAAUGGAUUUCCUCGCCAUAGGGUUUUGGCUAAGUCAGACUCGGGGUAUGGGACAACGGAAAACCUGAGCAUCACAAGUGCCACAACAUUUCUGUGAUAAUAUUUUGUAUUACUACGCUUAUUGUCUCAUGUCAUUAUAAUAUGGAAAGAUAUCAUUGAUAUUCAUUUUUGUUGUCGAUUUUAAAAUCUUCUUUUUUUGUAUUAAAUUGUGCCAAAAAUAUGCUCUGAAAUGCAAUCUCAUGAUUCAAGUUUUUAAUGAA